UGGAAACAACUUCCGUUCCACACGAUACAAUUCUGUUUCGAGAAAGGCUGUUUUCGUUAAAAAGUUCAAACAUCUAACGUUAAUUCAAAUCACAAAACGUAUAUUUCAAGUUUGUUAAGCUUUCAUCUGGCUGCUGCUGGAAGGCAAUAUGCAAAGUCGUGAUCAAUGCGAAAAUGGAACACCUCUUCUUCUUCCUUCUCUGCGUCUUUUCAUUCCACCACUGCGUCUGGUCUCUGCAGCCAUGUGGCAGGUGGUCCUGCAAGGACAUGUUCAAGAUUAUGGGAUGUUGGAGGAGUUUGUCACAACGGUGACAGAAAUUGUGCCAGAGCUUUUAAGUAGCAGUCAGAGAGCCCAACUCAUCCUGGGACUUCGAGCGAGGUUGGUUCUAGAGUUGUUUCGAAUGGAGCAGACACCGGAUCUCCAGAAUAUUCGACAACACCUGGACAGGAUCCGAUCCCUCACGUCCACAGAUGAUUCAGAGUCCAAUGAUGCGGAGGUGGAACUGACAGAAUCAAACUUUGUUCAGCUGGUUGAGUCAUUGAUGAAAGACCCAAGUGAAAGGGAGAACUUUUUCCAGGAUGUGUUCCCUGUGGAGUUCGGCCCACAGUAUGACACUGCAAUACAAAUGCUGAUGUUGGAAUUCCUUACCAGACUUGAGAAGUUACUUCCCAUACCAGACCUGGAACAGACUGCCUCCUUGCUAAAUGCUGUCCCCUCUGCCCUGGAACAAUGUGUUCAGUCUGUACCAGACCCCAGGCAGCUGAGGACCCUGCUGCAGUACCAUAGAAAACUUGGACAUGUGGAAUCUGUCGGCGGAUCUCCAACGUCCUUUGGUGACAGCAUCAUCUCCUCUCUGUCUCUUCGUCCCUACGUGCGAGUUGUGUCAGCCCCAGAUGUAGCCUCGGAUACGCGGUCAGAAAAAAUGCAUUCGGAGGGAACAGAAGCAGCGGAGAUGUCGGAGAGCCAGCCCGAGGGAAGUGUUGGGCUUGUUGCAGCAGAUGAUGUUCCAAGAUGCAUAAUUACAGAGCAGGGGUUUGCUAUGGACAUGCAAUCCGCUGUUGUGGAAAUUGACAGUCAGGCGGUCACCAGUUUGAAUUCACUCCGAAUAUCGCGUUUCCAACCGUUGAAACGAAGCAAAAGGCUGCAGAUAAAGAAAAUGUGUUCAAAAGGAAGAAACCCAUCUGUGGUGCGCAUCUCUCAUAAAGGACGAAAACCAAACAAAGCGGACUCUUGUGGGCGUCCAGUUAAACAGCUGUCACCCUCCAAUGUGCUACCCACCCUGAAGAAGUCAUUCAAAAGAGCCCAGUUUAGUAAAACGUGUGAAGUCUGUGGAAAGACUUUCACUCGAGUCACAGCCAUGAAAAGGCAUCAGCUUACCCACACGGGAGAUCUCAAGUUUAAGUGUCUCCUGUGUGAAAAACAAUUCCGAGACGGUCAUAAUCUGAAGAGACACCAGAGGAGAGUUUGUGAAAAGGACCUCCAACUUUCUGAUGGCGGCAAAGAUGACAAAGAGAUCCCGCAACCUUCAACUAGCAAAUCUCCUAACACAUCUUCUGUCAAGACUUCUCCACCAGGGACAUCGACGCAAGGACCUUUAGACACCAAGACGUGUUCUGUGUGUGGGAGGUUUUUUGCUCGUACUUCAAGCUUGGUUAGACACAUGAGCUCCCACUCCAAAGAGCGUCCAUUUAAGUGUGUCAACUGUGAUAAGAGAUUCAAGUAUUCCUAUGACCUGAGAAAACAUCGGAGAGGGUUGUGUAAGAAAAUGACCCGCAGAGAUUUGUUACAGAAUGGAGAUCCAAACGUGACAGAACCAAAGGGGGGCCCGCACCUAGAGAAAGGGGUUCUUUCCACAGCAGAAAAUCAAACACAAGUAGAUUGUAAUACCUGUAACGUCUGUGGGAAAAUUCUGACAUGUACUUCAAGCUUGGUAAGACACAUGAGCUCUCAUUCCAAAGAGCGUCCAUUUAAGUGUGCCAACUGUGAUAAGAGAUUCAAGUAUGCGUACGAUUUAAAAAAACACCAGAGGGAACUGUGUAAGAAAAUGACUCCAGGAGAUUUGUCACAGGAUGGUGGUCAGAACAUGGCAGAACCAAACGGGAACCCACAACCAGAGGUUUUUCUUGGCAUUGCAGAGAAUCAAACCCAGGUAGAUUCCAGAACCUGUCAGGUCUGUGGUAAGAUUUUGACUUUUGCCUCACAAAUGGAAAGGCAUUUGAAAUCUCACUCGAGGGCACGUCCCUACAACUGUGCUACUUGUGAAAGGAGCUUUAAGUACAAAGACUCUUUGAAGAAACAUCAGGAGAUCCUUGGCCAUGAAGGCAUCUUGGAAGACUUCGAUCAAGGUGUAGAAGAGCAGCAAGCGGAAUUGAACACAGAAAGUUAUAACCCUCUUUUAACCAAAGAAAAUGACACUGUGGCCAGUACCACAGAUGGUAAUCCAGGGGAAGCUCCCAAACCACAUACAUGCACCGUGUGUGGGAAAGUGUUGGACUGUGCCGGUCAUUUAGCUACUCAUAUGAGAUCCCACUCAGAGGAACGUCCCUAUCAGUGUGUCCACUGUGACCACCGCUUUAAGUAUAUGCAAAGUCUGAAUCAACACCAGAAAUACACAUGUAAGGCCAACCGUGAAGAGACCUCUCAGGUCACAGAACAGCAACGAGUGGAGGAUUCUUGUAAAUCAUCUGCCUGUAAUAUUAAUGCCCCAGAAUCUACUGAUGAACUCCAACUAGUUCACUGGUGUAAAAAAUGUGGAAAGAGUUUUGAUGACAUCUGUAGUUGGAAACAACACCAGGAAAAUGUAUGCAAGGAGGAAAAAGGAAAGGAGGUCUUCAAAUGUGAAACAAAAAAGGUGGUCUUCAAAUGUGAUGAUUGUGGAAAGGACUUCAAAGGUUCAAGAUACCUAAGAACACACAAGAGAAUCCACAGCCCAUUCUAUUGCUCUGAUUGUGGAAGGGUACUACCAAAUUCUAUUGCCUUUGAAAGACAUAAGCUGGUGCAACACAAGGAAAUUCAGUGUACCAUGUGUGAGAAGACCUUUACCCUGUUGGGUCGACUGAGAGACCACUACCUGCAUCAACAUAAAUUCACAGGACCAUACCCCUGCUCUCAGUGUGAGAAAACAUUUAUUGAGUUAAGAUACCUUGUUGAACAUGAAACAAUUCACUCAGGGGAGUUCCCUUAUCAGUGCUCAGUUUGUCAAAAGAAAUUCAGAACAGCAAAAUCAUUAACACUACACAGUCGCAAGCACACAGGGGAAAAGCCGUUCCUGUGCUGGCAGUGUGGAAAGAGCUACAAGGACCAUGGGAAUCUGGCAGCCCAUAUGGGGACUCACUCAGAGGAGAAACCAUUCUCUUGUUCACAGUGCGAAAUGACUUAUCGAACCAAAAUUCAGCUGAAUACACACAUUGAACAAGUUCAUGACGGAGUGAGAUACACUUGUUCAAUUUGUGGAAAGCAGUUUUUGAAAGCAGUGUCUGUAAAGAGACAUGAACUUACUCACACUGGAGAAAGACCAUGGCCAUGCUCCUAUUGCACAAAAACGUUCAUCACUGCCAAUGAAAGGAGGUUGCACGAGCGGUACCAUACUGGGGAACGACCAUACAAAUGCCAGGAAUGUGGAAAGUCCUUUGUUCAGUCAUGUUUCCUGAAGUCACACCAACGACUUCACACAGGAGAGAGGCCAUUUGCAUGCAGCAUUUGUGAUAAAAGUUUCAGAUUGAAUUACCAUAAGCAAAGACACGAGCAAACACAUACAGGGAAAAAUAAGCCGCAUGUGUGUGGGGAAUGUGGAUUAGCCUUCACCCAAAGAAAGCGCCUGACGGAACACCAACGCACUCACUCCUUGAAUUAAAAUGGUGUUCUCUUUCAUAUAUGGACAAUACACUGAAAACCAGAGAAUGGGAGCUUUUGGGCACAGACAAAAUUGCAGAGAAGGGGCUCCAACCUCAAUCACCACAUCAGUGUAUUGGGACCAGUGUCAAAUGCAUUACCACUUUCUCUGAUGAGUUUGUGUUACAUUAAACUAAUUUAUGUAAGGGAUAAACAGAGAUGUUUAUUACACUUAUACCACAACAUACAAACAACAAUAAUGUUAAUUCUAGAACUCACUUCGUUGCCAAUCAGCAACAAGUGUUGUUGUAUAUUAUGUGUGUGAUAUCUAUACAUCUAUAUCUCAUUGAUUUAACACCGUUUUUUGGGCGUGGAAGGGCUUUUAUAAUUUUAUGAAUCAUUUGAAAAGCUUGUAAUGAUGUAUUGAGUAAAGGCUGGAAAAUGUAAGUAGUUAUUCUAAACCACAUUGCAUUUUCCCAUAAUUGCAAUAAUAAAGGAGAAUUACAUGUCUGAUUUAAAAACGUUUGGAUUCACAUAGUUGCAAGCACUGAUACACAUCAUACCAAAUCGAUCAAUGCUUGCUUGUUUUUCCAGAAUGGUGAAGACUGUUGUAUACCGUCCUCUUUCCCCAAUCCAGUUCAGCCGACAAAAUAUGCUUACAUUUUGGUUGAUCCGAAUAAGGGAUUUUAAUAAGGGCUGUCUAUUUUCUUCAGGUGAUGCCAAGAUGCAUCCAAGUUCUGUGGCCCUUGCAUUUUUUUUUUUCCUUUGCUGCCUGAUUCAUCUUCCUCAUUAUCAUGAGUAUAUGUGGACUCAUUUCCUCUAGCAGGCAGCUUUACCACUGUUGCAAGGCUGUGAUUAUUGCCCAAAUGCUCACAAGUGGUAUAUAAAUGCCUCCCCCAGCUUUUUACCUGUUGUCUAUUUUACAAUCUGUCAUUUGU